ACACACACACACACACUCUCUCUUUCUCUCCUUUAACCUUAAUUAGAAUGUAAUGUAAAUUGUUACGCGGGUGUGUGUGUGCGUGUGAGUGUUUUGCACGGAGCUGUAGUUGUUCGCCGGCAGCAGGCAGUGUGUGUGUGUGUGUGAGAGAGAGAGAGAAAACGCGCGUGCGCUCAGGCCUGGUUCUGUACCGCGGGUCGAUUUUAACAAUAGCCGAAGUGCUCUCUCUCUCUCUCAGUGCCCGGGCUAAAAUCCUCUCAGCUUCCAUGUAACUCUUUACACACACUCUUUAACACAUCUCUGUCUCUCUCGGCGGUGCACAUGGAAGGCAAUUUAACGCCGUAACUGUAUUUUAAGGAGGUUUGUUAUUUUUUUAUUUUAUUUUUUAAUAAACACUGGACAUCUUGGAUUGAAGACACAAUAGAGGAGAAUGUCUAACAGUGCUGCAGGAAGCGGAGGGCUGAACUGGGUGACCCUCUUUGAUAAGAACAAUGGCACGAAGAGAGAGGAGGCGAACGGCGAAGGCGGGAAGAGCGAGCCGCCUAGGAAAGAAGGCUCCAAGAAGAUGUCUGUGGAGCGCGUGUACCAAAAGAAAACCCAGCUGGAGCACAUCCUCCUCCGCCCAGACACCUACAUCGGCUCGGUGGAGCCCGUCACUCAGCAAAUGUGGGUUUUCGAUGACGAGAUUGGUAUGAACAUACGAGAGAUCACUUACGUCCCUGGACUGUAUAAAAUCUUUGAUGAAAUUCUGGUUAACGCGGCCGACAACAAGCAGCGAGACAAGAACAUGAACUGCAUCAAAAUCACCAUCGAUCCGGAGUCCAACACAAUAACAAUAUGGAACAACGGGAAAGGAAUCCCCGUAGUGGAGCACAAAGACGAGAAGAUGUACGUGCCCGCUCUGAUCUUCGGACACUUGUUGACCUCCAGCAAUUACGACGACGAAGAGAAAAAAGUCACAGGUGGAAGGAACGGCUACGGUGCUAAGCUCUGCAACAUAUUCAGUACCAAGUUUACAGUGGAAACCGCCUGCCGAGAGUACAAACACAGCUUCAAGCAGACAUGGCAGAACAACAUGACCAAAACCAGCGAUCCAAAAAUCAAGCAUUUCGACGGUGACGACUUCACCUGCGUCACAUUCCAGCCUGACCUCGCCAAAUUCAAGAUGGAUAAACUGGACAAGGAUAUCGUGGCCCUGCUGACGCGUAGAGCCUAUGACGUCGCCGGUUCGUGCAAGGGCGUCAAAGUCAUUCUCAACGGCAAGAAGCUGCCUGUGAAUGGCUUCCGCAGCUAUGUGGAUCUGUACGUGAAGGAUAAGCUGGACGAGACCGGCGUGGCACUGAAGGUUGUUAACGAAGCUGUGAACGAGCGCUGGGAGGUGUGUCUCACCAUGAGCGAGAAGGGCUUCCAACAGAUCAGCUUUGUCAACAGUAUCGCCACCACGAAGGGGGGCAGACACAUCGAUUAUGUCGUGGACCAAAUUGUGGCAAAACUCAUCGAAGUGGUAAAGAAGAAGAAUAAAGCAGGAGUCUCAGUGAAACCAUUCCAGGUCAAGAACCACAUCUGGGUGUUUGUGAACGCUCUGAUCGAAAACCCGACCUUCGACUCUCAGACUAAAGAGAACAUGACACUUCAGACCAAAAGCUUCGGCUCUAAAUGUGCGCUCUCUGAAAAAUUCAUAAGAGCGGCAACUAAUUGUGGCAUCGUGGAGAGCAUUCUCAACUGGGUGAAGUUCAAGGCUCAGACACAGCUGAAUAAAAAGUGCUCUUCAGUCAAACACAGCAAGAUCAAAGGCAUUCCUAAACUAGACGACGCUAACGAUGCCGGUGGGAAGCACUCUUCUGAAUGCACUCUGAUUCUCACCGAGGGAGAUUCAGCCAAAUCGUUGGCGGUCUCCGGCCUGGGUGUGAUCGGACGAGACCGCUAUGGAGUGUUUCCUUUAAGAGGCAAGAUCCUCAACGUCAGGGAGGCCACACACAAACAGAUCAUGGAGAACGCCGAAAUUAACAACAUCAUCAAGAUCGUCGGCUUGCAGUACAAGAAGAGCUACGACGACGCAGAGUCGCUGAAAUCUCUACGCUACGGCAAAAUCAUGAUUAUGACCGAUCAGGAUCAAGACGGUUCUCACAUUAAAGGUCUGCUCAUCAACUUCUUUCACCAUAACUGGCCCUCUCUUCUGAAGCACACGUUCCUGGAGGAGUUCAUCACCCCCAUUGUUAAAGCCACAAAGAACAAACAGGAACAGUCCUUCUACAGCAUUCCUGAGUUUGACGAGUGGAAGAAGCAUACGGAGAAUUACAAAACAUGGCAUAUAAAGUACUACAAAGGUUUGGGUACGAGCACAAGCAAAGAGGCGAAGGAAUACUUCGCCGAUAUGGAUAGACAUCGGAUCAUGUUCAAGUAUGGAGGCACAGAGGAUGACGCCGCCAUUACUUUGGCUUUUAGCAAGAAGAAGACAGACGACAGAAAAGAGUGGCUCACUAAUUUCAUGGAGGACAGGCGGCAGAGGAGGAUGCACGGUCUGCCCGAGCAAUUCCUGUACGGCACUGCAACUCGGCACUUAUCCUACAACGACUUCAUCAACAAGGAGCUGAUCCUCUUCUCCAACUCCGACAACGAGAGAUCAAUCCCAUCUCUUGUCGACGGGAUGAAGCCUGGCCAGAGGAAGGUCCUGUUUACUUGUCUGAAGAGAAAUGAUAAAAGGGAGGUGAAAGUGGCUCAGCUGGCUGGCUCAGUAGCGGAGAUGUCUGCGUACCAUCAUGGCGAGCAAGCUCUAAUGAUGACCAUCGUGAACUUGGCGCAGAACUUCGUCGGCAGCAACAACAUCAACAUCCUGCAGCCCCUGGGUCAGUUUGGUACCCGCAUUAAUGGAGGCAAAGACGCAGCCAGCCCGCGUUACAUUUUCACCAUGCUCAGUCCGCUUGCCAAGCUGCUGUUCCCAGGCGUGGAUUCCAACCUGCUCAAGUUUCUUUACGAUGACAACCAGAAGGUGGAGCCAGAGUGGUACAUUCCCAUAAUCCCCAUGGUGCUGGUGAACGGAGCCGAGGGUAUCGGGACCGGCUGGGCCUGCAAGAUCCCCAACUAUGACCCGCGAGAGAUCGUCAACAACAUCAACCGCAUGCUGAAACACGAGGAUCCUUUGCCGAUGCUUCCCAGCUAUAAGAACUUCAAGGGAGUGAUCCAUGAGCUGGGCCAGAACCAAUACAUGGUCAGCGGUGAGGUCUCCGUUCUCGACAAGAACACCAUUGAGAUCACAGAGCUUCCGAUACGCACCUGGACUCAGGCGUACAAGGAGUCAGUGUUGGAGCCAAUGUUACAGGGGACGGAAAAAACCCCGGCGCUCAUCUCGGACUAUAAGGAGUACCACACGGACACCACAGUAAAGUUUGUGGUGCGCAUGACGGAGGAGAAGCUGGCCCAGGCUGAGGCAGCAGGACUACACAAAGUCUUCAAGCUGCAGUCGUCUCUCACCUGCAACUCGAUGGUGCUGUUUGAUCACAUGGGCUGUCUGAAGCGGUAUGAAUCUGUGAACGAUAUACUGAAGGAGUUCUUUGAACUGCGCUUGCACUAUUACAAACUGAGGAAGGACUGGCAGGUCGGUAGUCUGGGUGCCGAGUCAGCAAAACUCUCCAAUCAGGCACGGUUCGUGCUUGAGAAGAUAGAAGGAAAGAUUUCAAUCGAGAACAAGACUAAGAGGGAUCUUAUCCGGAUGCUGGUUCAGAGGGGGUACGAGUCUGACCCAGUCGCAGCUUGGACCAAAGCUCAAGAGAAGGCUCUGGAGGAUGAGGAUCAUGACGGCAACAUGAGUGACAGCUCGGUGGACUCUGGCUCCUCAUCAGGUCCUAACUUUAACUACAUCCUCAACAUGCCUUUGUGGUGCCUGACCAAGGAGAAGGUUGACGAGCUUCUCAAACAAAGAGACAUGAAGAAAGGAGAACUGAAUGAACUGCAGAGAAAAUCUUCAGAGGAUCUCUGGAGAGAGGACCUGGCUGUGUUUAUUGAAGAGUUGGAUAGGGUGGAGGAACAAGAGCGUGAGAGCAACAGCAUGGGUAAAGGAGUGAAGCUGGUCAAAGGCAAGGUGGGCAAGCCCAAAGUGAAGAAGAUCCAGCUGGAAGAGACACUGCCGUCGCCCUUCGGUCGGCGAGUAGAGCCACAGAUCACACUCGCCAUGAAAGCUGACGCCUCCAAGAAGAUGACCAAGAAGAAAAAGGGUGAUGCGGAAAUGAAACAGGAAUUUGAUGACGAUGGUAUGAUGGAUGCAAACGGUGCUUCAGGAGACAAUUCAAUGAUCUCUCCAUCUGGCCUGCCAAACCCCGGAGCCAAACCCAAGGCCCCACGUGUUAAAAAGGAAAAGAAGGAGCCUGGUGCUCCUAGACAGAGAAAGCCCCCAGGCACAGCAAAGGGCACGCCCAAGAAAGCGAAAAAGAGGAACCCGUGGUCGGAUGAUGACGAAAGGUCCGACAGCGACCUGGACGAGACCGAGCAGCCUGUUAUUCCCCGAGACACGACGUCCAGGAGAGCGUCAGCUGCCAAGGCCAAGUACACCUUCGACUUCUCUGAGGAGGAGGAAGAUGCUGACGAAGACCAAGAUAACGAGCCGCCAUCUUCUCCGGUCCACUCCUACAAGGAGAGCUUCAGCACCACACAGAACAACACCGAAGAAGAUGACGAUGAUGAUGAUAUAUUUCCUCCGAAACCAGCAAUCACUUCGACUGCCUCAGAAGCCAAGAAGAAGAAGGAGCCAGAGAGCGUAUUUACUCCAUCCAAACAUGCCUACUCAGAGAAAAGCAGUGACAGCGAGGUGAAGUCUGACAGUGAUGAUGACAGGGAUGCGGCGUUCUCAUCCUACUCCAGCAGCUCAGCCUUCGAGAAACCAUCUCCUGUGAAGAAAGCUAAGAAACCCACAGAAGCGGUGCCGAAGCCACGGAAACCUCCAGCCAAGCCCAAGAAACCCGAUACCUCUGUGUGGGACUCGGACUCAGACACGGCAGCUAAGAAGCCCCAGUCUGUCCCGGUGCUUUCUCUGAAAAUCCCAGGUAAAGGCAGGGGGAGGAAGAGGAAGCACUCUGACUCUGAAGAAGAUUACAACCCUGUGAAGAAGACCGGAAAAGCUCCAGUCAGCAAAAAGCCGAAGAAGGCGGUGUCACAUGACGAGGACGACGACGUAGUGAGCAGUAAGAGUUUCAGCCGCAUAGACGCGUCCCGGUCAGGUCGAGCCAAGAAGGAAGUCAAGUACUAUGACGAGUCUGAAGAAGACGACGAUGAUGGUGAUAUGUUCGAUUAGGCAGCUUACAAGUCCUCUCUCUCUCUUUAUAUCUCCCUCACACACACACACACGCUUGUUACAUCUCCUGUCCUAUGUCCUUGCAGACUUUUGUACAUUUCUGCACCUACCAGUUUUAUUUUUUCUUUAUUUGUGAUGUUAAAUGCUUUUUACCGUGUAGCUGUUUUACAAUUUUUAUUAUUAUUAUUAUUGUUAUUAUUAAUAUUAUGGUUAUUGUUAUACAGUUUUUUUGGUUUGUUUGUUUGUUUUUUUUUCAUCAAACUGUAUUUGUCCUAAGCAGCUUUUAGAAAUUUAGACACAGCGGUGCUUCAGCACAUUUUAAAUGUUGAAAGUAAAAGACAGUGUACCUUUUGAGAGAACUUGGAAAUAAACAUGAAAUGUAAAAGGU